AUGACGAGACGAAUUCGAGUGGCCGCCGCUCAGAUCGGAGCCGUGCACAGGACCUCGCUGCGGGCACACACGCUGCAGCGCAUGCUGGACCUGCUCGAAACUGCCGCUUCACAAGGUGCACAACUCGUGCUCUUCCCCGAAACAGCCUUCACAACCUUCUUCCCGCGCCACCUGAUCGACGACCAAACAGAACUCGAUUCUUUUUUCGAGCAUGCUGACAUCAGGACUGCACCGCACACCGCGCCGCUGUUCGACCGAGCCAAAGACCUGAGUGUAGAUGUCUCAGUUGGAUUUGCAGAGGCCUGCGACAAUGGCGACACCUUCAAUACAUGCAUAUACUUCCAUGCCAAGACAGGCGACAUCCUGUCCAAAUACAGAAAAGUCCACCUUCCGGGCGAUGUCGAGCCGUUCGAGCAUCCGAAUGCCACGAACCAGCUCGAGAAGCGCUACUUCAAGCCUGGUGACCUAGGCUUCAAAGCCUUCCGAGUGCCUGAUCUCGCCGAAAACACAGAGCCCAUACUUGGCAUGAUGAUAUGCAAUGAUAGAAGAUGGGGCGAGGCUUGGAGAUGCUAUGGACUGCAAGGUGUAGAAAUGGUGCUGUGCGGCUACAAUACUCCUGGAUUUGCUCCUCACCUGUGGGGAGCAGAUCUGAACCAGGACCCUGCCAAAGCAGAGGAAGACGCCAUCUUUCAACAUAAGCUGACCAUGCAGGGUAACAGCUACAUGAAUGCCACAUUCAGUGUUUGCGCAGCAAGAUGCGGAAUGGAUGAUGGAAAGUACAAUCUCAUUGGAUCGAGUUUGAUCAUUGACCCAGAAGGAAAGAUCCUAGCAGAAACGAAGACUAAGGAAGACGAAGUGAUUGUGGCAGACUGUGAUUUGGAUGCCUGCAGACAAGGUAAGACGAGGACCUUUGACUUCGGAAGACAUCGUCGAAUCGAGCACUAUACACGAAUCGUCGAGCAGACAGGCGUGAUGGAACCACCUCGACUAGCGGAGACACAUGGCACUAACACCACCACGACGAACGGUACCUCGAACCUCCCAACCCGACCAUCUCAAGACAAGAAAAUCCGCAUCCUCCUCUGCAACCCCAACGCCACCCAAUCCAUGACCGACUCCUGCCUAAAAUCCCUCUUCUCAACCCUAGCCCCAGACGUCUCCGUCAUCGGCUUCACAGGACCCUCCAACAUCGCCCCAACAGCGAUAGAAGGACUCUUCGACUCCGUCCUUUCCGCAGCAGCCUGUGCCCGAGCAUUACUCCCAAUCCAAAAACAAGAAUCCUACGACGCAAUCCUAGUAGCAUGCUAUUCCAACCAUCCUCUCAUCCCAAUGCUGCGCGAAGAAUUCGAAAUCCCAGUCAUAGGAAUCAUGGAAGCUUCACUCCUCGCCGCACGAACUUUAGGCGCGAGGUUUGGGAUCGUGGCGACGUCUCAAAGAUCGAAAGUCAUGCAUCAGGAUUCUGUGAAGGUGUAUGGCAUGGAGGGAAUUUGUGCUGGGAUUGAGAGCUGUGAUCUUGGAGUGCUGGAUCUGGAGAGAUUGCCGAGGAGGCAAGUUGUGGAUGUUAUGAGGAAAGUUGCGAGGAAGUUGGUGGGGCAAGGUGCAGAGGUUUUGACGUUGGGGUGCGCGGGGAUGACGGAUAUGAAGAGUGCUGUUGAGGAAGCUGUCGUGGAGGAAGGUGUGCAGGUGGUUGAUGGUGUUGUGGCUGGUGUUCAGCAUUUGGUGGGCAUUGUGAGGAUGGGUGGGAAGACUAGCGGUCGUCGAAUUAAGAGCCGUCCGAAGAAGCUAUCCGUAGAUCUAGCAAAGUAG